AUGGCCCGUACGAAACAGACCGCCCGCAAGUCCACCGGAGGGAAAGCUCCCCGCAAGCAGUUGGCAACGAAGGCUGCCCGUAAAAGUGCCCCAGCUACGGGUGGCGUUAAGAAGCCCCAUCGCUACCGACCAGGAACCGUCGCGCUACGAGAAAUUCGUCGCUAUCAGAAGUCGACAGAGCUACUAAUCCGCAAGCUGCCCUUCCAGCGUCUGGUUCGUGAGAUCGCGCAGGACUUCAAAACCGAUCUGCGCUUCCAGAGCUCAGCCGUCAUGGCCCUUCAAGAAGCCAGCGAGGCUUACCUGGUUGGUUUGUUCGAGGAUACCAAUCUGUGCGCUAUCCAUGCCAAGCGAGUGACCAUCAUGCCGAAAGACAUCCAACUGGCUCGCCGGAUCCGUGGGGAGCGGGCCUAAAUUUGGUGUGUGCCCAGAACGAAAAAGAUGGGUGGGUAAUGUCUAGGACAUAACCGGAGUGUCGUGACUACUCGUUUGACUUGUAAUUCAAAUCGAAUGAUACUCAAUGAAAUAUGUGGGAAUGUUUCAAGUUAUUCUUUAUAAUAAUUAUGGUGGUUCUGAAAAGAACCUUUGUUGUUGGCGUCUGCGUUGA